UCAGAACAGGACGGACACCGAAUCCGAAUCGAAUAAUAAAUAAUAACUAAUAAGUAAUAACAAUAAUAAUUAUCAUCAUUGGAAUUUGUAAUUACAGCAAUCACAAUGUUUUUAUUCCCACGUCCCUCGACAUAGUGACAGCGAUAUCAACGUCUACAGGACUGUUGUGACCUGCGUCCCUGGAUACUAGGGCCGCCUACGCCAGAAUCCACCUCCUCCCCUGAAUAUUAAAUAGCCAGAAAUGGGUAACGCUGACACCAAACUGGUGUUCCGAAAAGCCGUUGUCCAGCUAACCUCUAAGUCCCAGACCAUUAGCUCUGAGGACAAUGACUUUUGGGAUCAGUUCUGGUCAGAGACCGUAACCAAUGUGCAGGACGUGUUUACUCUUGUUCCAGCUUCUGAAAUUCGGCUACUUAGAGAGGAUGUACCAGCAAACUUAGCCACACUAUGUUACAAGGCGGUCGAGAAGUUUGUCAGAGCUGUGGAGAACAGCUGUCGCACACAGCAGGAUCAAAAUACAGUCUUGAACUGUUCACGACUGUUGACAAGAAUACUCCCUUAUGUCUUUGAGGAACCAGAUUGGGAGAACAUAUUCUGGUCCAGUUUGCCAGCCGGCAAAGGUGAUCCACCCAUUCCAUUAGCACAUUCAUUAUGUAGUGCUAUAUGUGAUUUAUUAUUUUGCCCAGAUUUCACAGUCGCAUCCAAUCGUAAAACUGGGCCGGAUAAAGCAGAAGAUUUACAUGCAGUAGAUAGUUGUGAAUAUAUUUGGGAAAAAGGAGUGGGUUUUGCACAGUCUCCUGUAAAAAAUGCAACUUUUGAAUCAAAUCGCACUGAACUACUGCGUUUAUUGUUGACAUGUUUCAGUCAAGCUAUUUAUUCACCAAAUCAAAAUGGUAAUAGAUGGGUGCAGUAUGUAACUUCAGCUGAAAAUCGCCAUGCAUUACCUAUGCUUACAUCUCUUUUGAACACUGUAUGCGGUUACGAUCCUAUAGGCAUGGGUGUUCCGUACAAUCAUCUUUUAUUUGCUGACACAACUGAACCUUUAGUUGAUAUAUGUCUACAAAUCCUUAUCGUCGCUCUGGAUUCUGAUGUCCAACAGAAUGACGAAGCAGCCAUAGAUAAUUUGUUUAUCAAUUAUUUAUCAAGAGUUCAUCGAGAUGAAGACUUUUCAUUUAUUUUGAGUGGAUUUACAAGGUUGUUAAUGAACCCCUUACGACAGACUUAUCUUCCACAUUCCACCAAAAAAGUGCAAUUCCACCAAGAGUUAUUAAUAUUCUUUUGGAAAAUAUGUGAAUUUAAUAAAAAAUUUCUAUAUUUUGUACUCAAAAGUAGUGAUGUCCUUGAUGUUUUAGUACCAAUUUUAUACCAUUUAAAUGAUUCCAGAGCAGAUCAAUCUCGAAUUGGUCUUAUGCACAUAGGAGUAUUUAUUUUGUUAUUACUUAGUGGUGAGAGAAAUUUUGGAGUACGUCUCAACAAGCCAUAUACUUCAACAAUACCCAUGGACAUACCAGUAUUCAGUGGUACUCAUGCAGAUCUUCUUAUUAUUGUGUUUCAUAAGAUAAUCACAACUGGGCAUAACAGAAUGCAACCACUUUUCGACUGUCUUCUCACAAUCCUAGUGAAUGUUUCUCCAUAUUUAAAGACCUUGUCAAUGGUAUCGAGUACAAAACUUUUACAUUUGGUGGAUGCAUUUACAACUCCAUGGUUUUUGUUUUCUUCGCCAUCUGCCAAUCACCUUGCUUUUUUCUUAUUGGAAAUAUUCAAUAAUAUUAUACAAUACCAAUUUGAUGGUAAUUCAAAUUUGGUAUAUACAAUUAUUCGCAAGAGACAAGUUUUUCAUAGUUUAGCAAACUUGCCAACUGAUUACAAUACUAUUAUCAAAUCACUAACUAAAAAAGCAAAAAGAAAUAUGCAAGCCACUACCUCUGUUAGUCUAACAGCUGCUACUGAAACACCUAGUAUGGAAGGAUCUACUCCUGCAUUGCCUGCCGAGCCUGGAACUCUCAACGCCACACUUCCCGAUACUCCUGGCGUAAUGAAAAUAACAGAACGAGAAAGUGCUCAUCCGGGAAAUUUAACCUUACCAGCUGAACUGGUUAUGUCUAAUGGCAUGACAAAGGAAAUAACAAAACAGUCUUCUAACCAAGGAGAUAGCUCUCCAACAACAUCGUCGCCUAAGAACGAUGCAGAAUGGGCUCCAACCACAGAAUGGGUACGAUCUUGGAAGGAAAAAUUGCCUUUGCAAACAAUUAUGCGAUUACUGCAAGUGCUAGUGCCCCAAGUAGAAAAAAUAUGCAUAGACAAAGGUUUGACGGAUGAAAGUGAAAUUCUAAAGUUCUUGCAACAUGGCACGUUAGUAGGACUGUUACCAGUCCCUCAUCCAAUACUCAUAAGAAAGUAUCAGUCUAAUCCAGGAACAACUGCUUGGUUUCGUACUUAUAUGUGGGCUGUUAUAUUUCUCAGAAACAUCGAUCCUCCUAUUUGGUAUGAUACAGAAGUGAAACUUUUUGAAAUACAACGCAUGUAAGAUUCUUUCAAUGUCUGUUUGUUUUAAUUUUGGAGAAGACAAUUUUCAUAAGAACAAUUCUUUAAUGUGUUAUGCAAAUGUUUUUUUUUUUUAUGUGUGAACUUUUUUUGUUUUUGGAUUUUAUUGAGUUCUUUGGUGUUAUUGAAUAUGAGCAUCUUAAAGUGAACUAUGUCCAUUGAUAAAAUGCAUUUCUGUCAUGUGUUUUAUGUUUAAUAUGCAGCCCAAUUAAAGAUUCUAGACUAUAUUAAUGCACUGUAUGGUGGAUUUAUAUAUUCUUGUCAUAUACUAGAAUAAAAACUUCUAGAAACUUAACCUUAAAAAUAAUAUUAUUAUAAUAAAAAAGUAUAUCAGCUUAA